GUGAAGGAAGCCAUUUUCUGUUACCACCACACACAAGUUUUGAAUAAGUCGUAGAAACUAUCAGAGAUUAAAGUACCUGUUAAUUAUUUGUUAAAAAAAAUACUGUGCACUAUUAAUACCUUUAACAAUUCGAUCGAUAUUUACUUAAUUUAUAGUGAUCGAGAGCGAAGAGAAAAAGAAUUUAUAUGAAUCAUCAACUUUCCUAGAGGAAAAAUUCAAUUUUUUCCUCGUGUCAAACGAUGCAAUGUUGUGUUUACUCUUUUGAAUAGAUCAGUGGAAGGAAAAAAAAAACAAAAAAAGAAUUAAAGAAAGACAACAACAACAAAUAAAAAGAUGUUUUGCUGUUUGAGAAAUUGUUUUGACGGUAUUGGGUUUACCGCAACGCAAAUUCCAAAAAAAGAACCAAAUCCGAUUACUUUGGAUACAACUCAUAUGGGACAUGAAGUAGUUAUAGUCAAAAAUGGUUUAAGAGUUUGUGGACGUGGUGGUGCCUUAACAAAUGCACCUCUUGCUCAGAGCAAGAGUUACUUUGAAGUUAAAAUACAGCAGGGUGGAAUAUGGGCUAUCGGAUUAGGUACCAAAUCUACAGAUCUUACUACUGCAAUUGGAGGAAAUGACAGCGAAAGUUGGGCUCUUAAUUCAGAUGGCAUUUUAAGGCACAAUCAGCAAGAGUUGCACAAGAUUCAAAAUCCUGUAGAGGAAGGAGAUAUUGUUGGAGUGUCCUAUGAUCAUAUAGAAUUAAAUUUUUACAUUAAUGGAAAAUCUUUGGAAGCCCCGAUCAUUGGUAUCAAAGGAACAAUUUAUCCCGUGCUUUAUGUUGAUGACGGAGCUAUAUUAGAUUUAAUUUUGGAUAAUUUUGCUCAUCCACCGCCGAUGGGUUUUGAAAAGAUAAUGCUAGAACAGUCUUUACUCUAGCGAUACAUACACACAAUAUGAUAUGAAUAAUAUUGCAACGGCUAAUUAUCAGACAAUUUUAAACUACAAUUUUAAACUAUUCAAAGUACACUUUGUCCAUCUUAAAAACGAAUAAAAAUGUUGCGUUAAUUAUAUAUAAUUCUAUUUGCAGUUAAAUAUUGUAUACAAUAACAUAAAAAAGGAAUCUUUAUUAUAAUGUAAUAUAUAUAUAUAUAUAUAUUUAAUAAUUAGAGCGACUGCAAAAAUAAACGUUUUGUCUAAUAUCUAUAGUUUUCUUUUUUUUUAUCUGAAGAAACUAUAUAUAUUAAUAAUUAAAUAAUCUUAUUAUAAGUAAGUUAGUGCAAUUUGUUUUUGAGACCUUUUUAGUUUUAUUAAAAUUAAAAAGUUUACAACAUUCAUUUUAAAGACAAAGUUAGCAAUAUACUUAAAUUCGGUAUACAUAUAUUCCAUAUUUAUUACUGUUACUGAAUUUCCAAUUUGUUAUGUAGCAACAGCGGGUUUAGUAAAUCAUAAUAACAAUAUAAUAUUUAUGCCUCAUGUAUAUAUAUAUAUAAUCGUACAAUAAUAGAAUGAUCAUUAAUUAUUAAUAAUGUUUUUGUUUACUGCACGCACAAGACUAUUUACAUUUGCAUGUAUUUUUAUCAUGUUUACACGCAUUUUUAUGUAGAAUUAUUAAUUUAUAAUGAUGUAACGGUAUGAUGUUAUUUACACUGACAUUACUAAAAUACCAACAUCUUAGGCCUACUCUUAUUUUUUUAUUGGGCUAGUGUCAUGGCUUUAUUCUUCAUUAAUAAUAAAUUUAUAACAUAUUUCGAUACCAAAAAUUUCAAAUGUUAAAGCUAAUUUUUGAUCCACACUAAUAUAUAUUGAGUAUAUGCGUAUAGUUAUACACUUAUAUUUAUAUAUAUAUAUAUAUAGAGAAUUACAUAAAUAUUAAAAAUAAUUAACAAACCAGAUGCACAAAAAAAUGUAAACCUUACUUGGAUUUCUUUACAUAGAAUAUACUAAAUCUUGUUACAUUUAUAAAAAAAAAAAAUAUCUUAAAUGUUAUCCGGAAGGCAAUUAAUUGAUUAUAAAAAAUUUUUAAGAUUGAAAAUAAUUAAUAAAAUUAGUUGUUAAUUUUAUUGCUCUAAUAUUUCGUGACACGGUCGUUGAAUAUUUUAUAAUUAUGUCGAACAUCGAUAAGAAUCAACUUUGUUUAUACAGAGUGAUAUAGAAUGUAUCAUUUGUAUUCUUAUGUGAUAAAUUUUUCUUCGUUGCAUUUAGAUAUCAAAUGCAGCCUUACAUUGAAUUUUUUUUCUGAUUACUGUACAUAUAAUGAGUUAAUUAUUGUGUCACAUAUAAAAGGUCGUUUUUAUGAUUGUGCUGCAAACAUUUAAAAUACUUGCAAAACAUAGUUAAUCUUUGGUCCUUAAUAUUAUUUUUAUGCAAUUUGUAUUACAACAUAUGUUUAUGUAUUUUUAUAAGUAGGUCAUUCGAUUGAAAACAAUGUGCUUUUAUAAUAAUUUAAAUGAGAGCUAUAUACAGAGUUAUAAGGUAAAAAUGAAAUUAAAAUUAAUGAUACUUAAAUUUCAGAAUCAAAUAAAAAAAUAGAACAAAAAUUAACACUGAAAAUUAAGGAAUCGUUGUAUAUUAUUCAACCCUUUUUAUUCAUUUUCGACUCUGUAUAAGACUUUUAGAAUGUAAGACAUAUAAAUCAUAUUGUAAAAUACAUAUCACA